GUGGUGAAGUGUCCACUUUGCCAGGAGCCUUUCCGCGAACCAAAGGUCCUUGCCUGCUUCCACUCAUUCUGCAAGGCUUGCCUCGAACGACAAAUUGACUCUGCAGAAAAAAUUGUUUGUCCACAGUGCCACAUGGAAACACAGCUCAGUGUCCAACUUGGCCUCGAUUCUCUCCUCUCCGACUAUGGUCUUGAGGCUGUUCUUUCUCGUCCUAACCUAACCGAAGAUAAGGGAUUGCUGUUUGGCUCUCCCAGUUCUACUUCCUCAUCCCCACCCCUUUCCGACUCACCUUGUGAUCAGAAUUCUAACACAACAAACCGUUCGGCAUGUACUGGAUGCAAAUCCGGAGAACGUGCAUCCCAUUACUGCCAAGAAUGUACUCACUAUCUUUGCACCAACUGCACGAUGGCCCAUCAGUACAUGCAUUGUUUUGAGGGACAUCGUGUUGAAGCCAUCUCACAAAUUCAGGCACCUGCUCCUCCAUCCAGUGCGGCUUCCGCUCACGAGCGUGCCUGUAAAUGUUUGCAGCAUCGUGCUCAGCCUUUGCGCUUUUUCUGUCUCACCUGUAAUUUGGCUAUCUGUCGCGAAUGUACGCUUGUGGAACAUGCACAACCAUCUCAUCAGUAUGAACCCAUCAGCGAGGUCGCCGAUAAGCAGCUCAGCACCAUGGAGCUGCUAGUCAAUGAAGCGCGCAAUAAACACAUUGAGCUGUUGGAAAUGUUCAAACAGUUUAAGGCUUGCUUUUCCAGGUGGAUUCCUCUCAACAACGUCUAA